UCUCUCUCUCUCUCCUCGCUCUCUCGCUCUCUCGCUGUUGCACUUACCUCUCAGCUCUCCCCUUCUCACUCCUUAGUGCACUUCUGUUUUUGCUCUCUCUCUCUCAUUUUCCACUUUUUUGCUCUCCCUCUCUCCUUCUCUCCCUCUCUCUAGUUCUCUAGUUCUCUCUCUCUCGCUCUCUCUCUGUUCUCUCUGUUCUGCUGGUCAUCAUGCCGAUCACAGUGGACUAGGCUGACAUGCUGCCUAUCACUCUCAGUGGAGACCUGCGUAGCCUCCUUCCUCUGCUCCCGCGUGUGGCUGGACUACCAUGAGCAAUUCUACUCCUUCCACAGCUAAUGGCAACGAUAGCAGAACGUUUAAAGGCAUCCGAUCCCCCUGUGGUCCCUCCCGCGUGCUCCACGUCCGUAAAGUCCCCAUCGAGGUGUCCGAGGCAGAGGUCAUCUCGCUAGGAGUCCCCUUCGGCAAAGUCACUAACCUGUUGAUGCUCAAAGGCAAAAACCAAGCUUUCAUAGAAAUGGCUUCCGAAGAGGCGGCCAUCACCAUGGUCAACUACUACACUGCUGCCACACCCCAUGUCCGCAACCAGCCUGUCUACAUCCAGUACUCUAACCACCGUGAGCUUAAGACUGACAACCUCCCCAACCAAGGGCGUGCACAGGCAGCUCUGCAGGCCGUCAACGCAAUGCAUUCUGGGAACAUGGGCCUGUCGGGCUCGGCGUCGUCCAGCGAUGGAACCCUGAUGCCUGGUCAGAGCCCCGUGCUCCGCAUCAUCGUGGAGAACCUGUUCUACCCCGUCUCCCUGGAGGUGCUACAUCAGAUCUUCUCAAAGUUUGGCACAGUCCUGAAGAUCAUCACUUUCACCAAGAAUAACCAGUUCCAGGCCUUGCUACAAUAUGCAGACCCAUUGAAUGCACACCAUGCCAAAGUGACUUUGGAUGGGCAGAACAUCUACAACGCCUGCUGCACUCUGCGCGUGGAGUUCUCCAAGCUGGCCAGUCUGAACGUGAAGUACAACAACGACAAGAGCCGCGACUUCACUCGCCUCGACCUGCCUUCUGGGGACGGACAGCCCGCGCUGGACCCUGGCAUGACUGCUGCUUUCGGUUGGUGUGUAGGGGCUCCAGGGAUCAUCUCCUCUCCGUAUGCAGGCGCGGCUGGUUUCGCCCCUGCCAUCGGCUUUCCCCAAGCAGGCCUGUCCAUGCCAACGAUGCCAGGGGCACUAGGACCGCUCGCCAUCCCCUCGUCGGCUGUGGCCGGACGGAUGCCCAUCCACGGCAUGCCACCAGGCGCCCUCCACUCCGUGCUGCUGGUGUCCAACCUCAACCCCGACAGUAUAUCACCUCACGGACUCUUCAUCCUGUUCGGGGUGUACGGUGAUGUUCACAGAGUCAAGAUUCUCUUCAACAAGAAAGAAAAUGCCUUAAUACAGAUGGCAGAUGCUACUCAGGCACAGCUUGGUAAGAACUGUGUUUGAGUUUGUACUGUGCGU